AUGGCAUCUCCAACCGCACCUGAAACCAUCAUGAUCGAUGGCAAGAAGUACAGGCACGUCCGUGAAGGUCUAGCGUCAGUACUUGCUCCGUAUGCUGGGGAAUCUUCAACAUCAGCCAAACACUCCAAAAACAACGACGAGGGCAGCCAGGCCGUCUUCUACAACCCCAUUCAGCAAUUCAAUCGGGACCUGAGUGUCCUGGCGAUUAGUGUCUAUGGCGAAGGUGCUCUGUGUGAAAAGCAGGCGAAAGUGACACAGAAAAAUCAGCAUGCAAGAAGGAAGAAAGCUGCAAAACGGACGAACGCCGAUACUGACGCCAACAACGAACCAGAGCAACCUAACGCUCGGAAGCGCAAAGCUGACCACUUGGAAGAUACAGUGGACGAUAAUCAUGCAGAAGAAUCUGCAAAGAAAUUCAAGGCCAAUGGACACGACGAAGACGAUGAAGAGCCACCGAUUGCUCAGCUAACUGCCGACCCUGCGAAUCAUGGAAUUGGCGAGGAGGGGCAGCAGCCAAAGAGUCAGGAGCAGUCAGGAGCUCCCGAACUCGCGGGCAGUCCAGCUACAGUUCCAAAGAAACAACCUCGUUUCUCUAUCCUGGAUGCUUUGUCUGCCACCGGCCUCCGAGCGCUCCGAUACGCCAAAGAGAUACCAUUCGCCACAAACAUCGUCGCAAACGAUCUCUCCCCGACAUCAGUCGAGAACAUCGAGCUCAACAUCAAACACAACGAAGUCCAAGACAAAGUUCGGUCCAAUCUUGGUGAUGCCCGAUCGUUCAUGUAUAGCAAAGUUGGAAACGAGCAGACAAGGCCUGCGGACGGAUAUGUACAUCGAUAUGAUGUGAUCGACAUUGACCCUUAUGGAACAGCGGCCCCCUUCUUUGACUGUAGUCUUCAGGCAGUCCAGGACGGCGGCUUGCUGUGUAUCACCUGCACAGAUGCCGGUGUCUUUGCUUCGACAGGAUAUCCCGAAAAGACAUUUGCACUUUAUGGAGGCAUUCCUGUCAAAGGACCACAUUCUCACGAAGCCGGAUUGAGGCUGAUCCUUAAUGGGGUUGCGAUGUCUGCUGCAAAGUAUGGUCUUGCAGUCGAGCCUCUUCUGUCGCUCUACAUCGACUAUUAUGCCCGGCUCUUCAUUCGCGUCCAUCGAAAGCAGCAAGAAGUCAAACUAUUAGCUGGUACGUCCAUGACGGUCUAUAAUUGCGGACAUGGCUGCGGAGCCUGGGUCACACAACCUCUGCUGCGGAAUCAACCACAAACGUCUAAAUCUGGCGACUCGUUCUACAAAUUCUCGUUUGCCCAAGCACCGUCUACAAAUCGGAAUUGUGAGCAUUGUGGUUCACCGAUGCAUCUGUGCGGUCCGAUGUGGUCCGGUCCUCUACAUAAUCCGUACUUUAUUGAGAAGAUGCUCGAAAAGGCUCGCACCCUUGACAAGGACACAUAUGUGACGGUCGACAGGAUCGAAGGAAUGCUUACUUUGGCCCUAGAGGAGGACCUCAUGUCCAGUAACUCAGAAUCAAAAGACGCAACUCUGCCUGACUCGAGGUUGAUACCGCGACUCGCGACCAAUAAGCCAGACAUUGCUCCAUUUUUCGUCAUGCCUACUUAUCUGGCAAAGAUAAUCCACUGCGCAACGCCUUCGGAAGAUGCAAUGAAAGGUGCCCUGCUUGGCCUGGGGUAUAAAGUCUCCAGGUCUCAUUGCAAGCCUGGCAGUAUCAAAACGAACGCCCCAUGGCCUGUUCUGUGGGAAGUGAUACGAGAAUUCAUGCGGACAAAGGCACCUAUCAAGGAUGGAGCCGUGCGGAAGGGGACAGCUGGGUACCAGAUCCUAGCGAGGGCCAGAGGGUCUGAGCGGGCUCUUGUGUCGGAAUUGAAGGACGCCACGAGGGAACAGCUUCGGAGGUGCGAGUCCAAGGACGACCUGAAGACGGUGCUGCAGGGGAUGUUGUAUCGACUGGAGAACGAACAGCCGAUGCUCGAAUCAACGAGCGGCAAAUCAUCAGAGUCAAAAGAUGUUGGCGAAGACGCACGAGCUCAAACCGAGGGAUCCAUCAACGGCCGUCGGUCACGGUCCAGAAGUCCUGCACUUGCACCACUGAACCAACUCAAAAUCAUAUUUGACGAGAAGUUGGGAAAGGAGAAGCCUCGCGGCAAACUAUUGAGAUAUCAGAUGAAUCCGCGGGAGAACUGGGGUCCGAUGAGCCGGGCUGGAAGGACUUCGUAA